AAUACUGAGCUUGUAUUUAUUCAUUACUCUGGAAAAAUGCAAUAACCGAGCCUGUAGCACACAGAUAAUCAAGCUUAAUUAAACAUGGUUUCGUCCUUCACCAAUCCCAUUGUUCUCUGGGUAACCAUCCUUGUUUCCUUUGCUGCAACAGCAGAGCAGUCGCCAUUGGAGUCUAAAGCCAAAGCUCUGUUAACGAGUGGAUGGUGGAAUGGCCAUAGCAACGACACUUCACAGCCUUGCAACUGGCCCGGUAUAUCAUGCAACCCCGCUGGAAGCAUCACCCAAAUUUAUCUUAGUGAUCGUCGGCUUGGUUGGAAUAUCCCGCCUGGAAUAGUUGAGCUAUCGGCAUUGGAGUACCUUGGCUUGUCCUCUUGUGCUUUAUCUGGAAACAAGGGUUUAUCGCCUUGUAUCAGUUGCUCGACAAAGAAAAUUCGAUACAUCAAAAUAUGCCUCCCUAUUGCCAUCUUUGUAUCGAAUUUUAUCAUUAGGGACUAAGGAUGCAUUUGGUUAACGGAAUGUAAGAUUAUCAGUGGCAAUGUAAGAUUACCAGUGAGAAUGUAAGAUUACCAGG